GGCUAGUCUUCUCGUGAUUUUGCCGGUAUUUCAUGUGUAUCAACUACUUGUCUCAGUUGGUUUUGAGAAAUUUUUGACUAUUUAUCUACCUCUUUAAAAUUUUUUUUCUGUAUUAAAUAUUCUAAAGUUUUAUUUUUGUUAGUUAUUUAAGUAUAUACAUUAAUUAAGAUGUAUCGUUUAUCUCAACUUGCUAGAAACAAUGUACCUAAAUAUUUGUCAAGAAAUUAUGCCAAGGAUAUUAAAUUUGGUGCCGAAGUAAGGAAACUUAUGUUAGAAGGAGUUGAUGUGCUUGCUGAUGCUGUAGCAGUUACUAUGGGUCCAAAGGGUCGUAAUGUCAUAUUAGAACAAAGUUGGGGCUCUCCAAAAAUUACUAAAGAUGGUGUAACAGUAGCUAAAGGUAUUGAGCUUCAAGGUAAAUUCCAAAAUAUUGGUGCUAAACUUGUACAAGAUGUUGCUAAUAAUACAAAUGAUGAAGCUGGAGAUGGUACUACAACCGCUACUGUAUUAGCGCGUGCUAUUGCUAAAGAAGGUUUUGAAAAGAUAAUUAAAGGUGCUAAUCCAGUUGAAAUAAGAAGAGGAGUAAUGUUAGCUGUAGAUGCUGUUAAACAACACUUAAGUACUUUGUCAAAAAAAGUUCAAUCAUCUGAUGAAAUAGCACAAGUCGCAACUAUUUCUGCUAAUGGGGAUAUAAGUAUUGGAAAACUAAUUUCAUCUGCUAUGGAUAAAGUUGGUAAAGAUGGAGUUAUUACUGUUAAGGAUGGAAAAACUUUAGAUGAUGAAUUAGAAGUUAUUGAAGGUUUAAAAUUUGAUAGAGGAUACAUUUCACCUUAUUUCAUCAACUCUGCAAAAGGGGCCAAAGUUGAAUAUCAAGAUGCGUUAGUACUAUUCAGUGAAAAGAAGAUAUCAUCUGCUCAGUCAUUAAUCCCAGCAUUAGAAUUAGCAAAUGCCCAGCGCAAACCUCUUGUUAUUGUAGCUGAAGAUUUAGAUGGUGAAGUGACUGGAAUGCUUGUAUUGAAUAGAUUGAAAAUCGGUCUUAAUGUUGCUGCAGUUAAAGCACCUGGUUUUGGUGAUAACCGUAAAGCUACAUUAACUGAUAUGGCUAUUGCUACUGGUGGAGUAGUAUUUGGUCAAGAAGGAAAUGAAUUAAAAAUUGAAGACAUAAAAAUAAAUGAUCUUGGAGAAGUUAAGGAAGUUAUAAUAACCAAAGAUGAUACAUUAUUGUUAAAAGGCAAAGGUCAACAAUCUGAAAUUGAACGUCGUGCAGAUCAAAUUAGAGAUCAAAUCAGUGAGACUACAUCAGAGUAUGAAAAGGAAAAAUUACAAGAGCGUCUUGCCAGAUUAGCUUCAGGUGUUGCAGUUCUCAAAAUUGGUGGUAGUAGUGAGGUUGAAGUUAAUGAAAAAAAAGACCGUGUGAAUGAUGCUCUAAAUGCGACCCGUGCAGCUGUUGAAGAAGGUAUUGUUCCUGGAGGUGGAACUGCUCUUAUUCGGUGUAUAAAUGUUUUAGAUUCUAUUAAAGUUUCUAAUGAAGAUCAAAAAAUUGGAAUUGAUAUUAUACGUAAAGCUUUGACUAUGCCGUGUAUGACAAUUGCUAAAAAUGCUGGUGUAGAUGGAAGUGUUGUAGUUGCCAAAGUUUGUGAAGGUAAAGAUAAUUUCGGCUAUGAUGCAUUAAAUGAUGAAUAUGUUAAUAUGAUUGAAAAAGGCAUAAUCGAUCCUACUAAAGUUGUUCGAACAGCUUUGACUGAUGCUGCUGGAGUUGCAUCGUUAUUAACCACUGCUGAAGCAGUUGUCACUGAAUUACCGAAAAAAGAAGAACCACUACCUGGAGGUGGAAUGGGAGGAAUGGGUGGUAUGGGCGGUAUGGGUGGAAUGGGUGGCAUGAUGUAAGACCUCAUACCAGACUUACCAAGACUGACAUCAUUAUUUUUCUACUGUAGUUAUAUAUUGUUUUUAAUUUUUUUAUAUUUUAAGAAUUAAAUUUAUUAGCAAACAUCAUUUAUUUAUAUAUUUAUGAAAUGAAACAUUUUUGAAUUCAUUUUGUGAAUCAACUGUGUUCAGUUAACAAAUGCUAUAUGUUAUCUAGUGCAAAGAUAAAUAUUGUUUUAGGGCGUCUACUUCAUUCCAACAAUAAAACUGUUUUAUUUCCACAUCUUGCUGUUAUUUUAAUAAAGUGUUUUAUUGUCAAUGAA